UGGAUUCAAUUUUUCCAUCAUGGUAUGGAUAGGAGGAGAAAUGGAGUAGAGGUUUUUCUGAAGGAACAGUAUGUCAAGAGUGUUUUGGAGGUGAAAAGAGUGUCAGACAGAGUAAUGAUUAUGAAGCUGGAAAUUGGAGGUGUGAUGAUGAAUGUUGUUAGUGCAUAUGCCCUGCAAGUUGGGUGUGCAAUGGAUGAGAAAGAAGAUUUUUGGAGUGAGUUGGAUGAAGUGAUGAAAAGUGUACCCAAGGGACAGAAAGUGGUGAUUGGAGCGGAUUUCAAUGGAUAUGUUGGUGAAGAGAACAGAGGAGACGAGGAGAUGAAGGGUAGGUAUGGUGUCAAGGAGAGGAAUGAAGAAGGUCAGAGGAUAGUGGAUUUUGCCAAAAGGAUGGUGGACAUGGCUGUGGUGAAUACAUAUUUUAAGAAGAGGGAGGAACAUAGGAUAACAUACAAGAGUGGAGGAAGAUGCACACAGGUAGAUUACAUCCUAUGUAGAAGAGUCAAUCUGAAGGAGAUUGAAGACUGCAAAGUGGUGGCAGGGGAAAGUGUACUUAAACAGCAUAGGAUGGUGGUCUGUAGGAUGACAUUGGAGAUCAAGAUGAGGAAGAGAGUGAGGGCACAGCCAAGGAUCAAAUGAUGGAAGUUGAAAAAGGAAGACUGCAAGGUUGAGUAAUAAAGGAUAAAGAUGGAAACGUACUCACAAGUGAGGAGAGUGUGUUGAGCAGAUGGAAAGAGUACUUUGAGAGGCUGAUGAAUGAAGAGAACGAAAGAGAGAAGAGUUUGGAUGAUGUGGA